AUGUACUUGGUGGCGGGGGGCAGGGGGCUGGCCGGCUGCGGGCACCUCCUGGUCUCGCUGCUGGGGCUGCUGCUGCUGCUGGCGCGCUCCGGCACCCGGGCACUGGUGUGCCUGCCCUGCGACGAGUCCAAGUGCGAGGAGCCCAAGAGCUGCCCCGGGAGCAUCGUGCAGGGCGUCUGCGGCUGCUGCUACAUGUGCGCCCGCCAGAGGAACGAGAGCUGCGGCGGCGCCUACGGGCUCCACGGAGCCUGCGACCGGGGGCUGCGCUGUGUCAUCCGCCCCCCGCUCAAUGGCGACUCCAUCACCGAGUACGAAGUGGGCGUCUGCGAAGAUGAGAACUGGGAUGAAGACCAACUGCUUGGUUUUGAACCAUGCAAUGAAAAUCUUAUCUCUGGCUGCAAUAUAAUCAAUGGGAAAUGUGAAUGUGACAGCAUUCGAUCCUGCAAUAAUCCGUUUGAGUUUCCAAAGAAGGAUAUGUGCCUUUCAGCUCUAAAGAGGAUUGAAGAAGAGAAGCCAGAUUGCUCCAAGGCCCGCUGUGAAGUCCAGUUUUCUCCGCGUUGUCCUGAAGAUUCCAUUCUGAUCGAGGGUUACGCUCCUCCCGGGGAGUGCUGCCCCUUACCCAGCCGCUGCGUGUGCGACCCUGCGGGCUGUCUGCGCAAAGUCUGCCAGCCGGGAUACCUGAACAUACUAGUGUCCAAAGCGUCAGGGAAGCCGGGAGAGUGUUGUGACCUCUAUGAGUGCAAACCAGUUUUCAGCGUUGACUGCAGCACUGUGGAAUGCCCUUCCGUCCAGCAGGCCGUGUGCCCCUUGGAUAGCUACGAAACUCAAGUUAGACUCACAGCUGAUGGGUGCUGUACUCUGCCAACAAGAUGCGAGUGUCUCUCUGGCUUUUGUGGUGUCCCCGUGUGUGAGGUGGGAUCCACUCCCCGCAUAGUCUCUCGUGGAGAUGGGACACCCGGAAAGUGCUGUGAUGUCUUUGAAUGUGUUAAUGAGACAAAGCCAGUGUGUAUGUUCAACAACGUGGAGUAUUUUGAUGGAGAGAUGUUCCGAAUGGACAACUGUCGAUUCUGUCGGUGCCAAGGGGGCGUUUCCAUCUGUUUCAUGGCCCAGUGUGGCGAGCUGAACUGCGAGAGGUACUACAUGCCUGAAGGGGAGUGCUGCCCAGUUUGCGAAGAUCCAGUGUAUCCUUUUAAUAAGCCUGCUGGUUGCUAUGCCAAUGGCCAAAUCCGUGCCCACGGAGACCGGUGGAGGGAAGAUGAUUGUACCUUCUGCCAGUGCAUCAAUGGAGAAUCCCACUGCGUCGCGACAGCCUGUGGACAGAGCUGCAUGAACCCUGUAAAAGUGCCUGGGGAAUGCUGCCCUGUGUGUGAAGAACCAACCUACAUCACAAUUGAUCCGCCUGCGUGUGGGGAGCUAUCAAACUGCACCCUGACCGAGAAGGACUGUGUUUAUGGCUUCAAACUUGAUUCCAAUGGUUGUCGAACCUGUCAGUGCAAAAGCAGAGAGGAGCUGUGCACCAGCCUCAAAAGAGGGUGUACCUUGGAUUGUCCCUUUGGUUUCCAAACAGAUGCCCACAACUGUGAGAUCUGCCAGUGCCGCCCACGGCCGAAGAAGUGCAAGCCCAUGAUCUGUGACAAGUUCUGUCCACUUGGAUACCUGAAGAAUAAGCAUGGCUGUGACAUCUGUCGCUGUAAGAAGUGCCCAGAACCCGAGUGCAGUAAGAUCUGCCCCUUGGGCUUCCAGCACGACAGUCACGGCUGUGUUAUCUGCAAGUGCAGAGAAGUCCCUGCUUCACCUGGACCACCUGUCCUGUCAGAUGCGUGUCUGUCCAUGGAUGGCCAUCAUCAUAAAAAUGAGGAAAGCUGGCAUGAUGGGUGUCGGGAGUGCUAUUGUCACAAUGGACGGGAAAUGUGUGCCCUGAUCACAUGCCCAGUGCCUUCCUGUAGCAACCCUACCAUUCACCCUGGACAGUGCUGCCCGUCAUGUUCAGAUGACUUUGUGGUACAGAAGCCAGAGCUCAGCACCCCCUCCAUUUGCCACGCACCUGGAGGAGAAUACUUUGUGGAGGGAGAAACAUGGAACAUUGACUCUUGUACCCAGUGUACCUGCCACAGUGGACGAGUGCUGUGCGAGACAGAGGUGUGCCCGCCGCUGCUCUGCCAGAACCCCUCGCGCACACAGGACUCUUGCUGCCCGCAGUGUACAGAUGUACCGCUUCAGCCUUCCUCAUCCCAUAAUGAGAGCGUGCCUAGUUACUGCAAAAAUGAUGAAGGGGAUAUAUUCCUGGCAGCUGAGUCCUGGAAGCCUGACGUUUGUACCAGCUGUGUGUGCAUGGAUAGCGUAAUUAGCUGUUACUCUGAGUCUUGCCCUUCAGUAUCCUGUGAAAGACCCGUUUUGAGGAAAGGCCAGUGUUGUCCUUACUGCAUAGAAGACACAGUCCCAAAGAAGGUGGUGUGCCACUUCAGCGGGAAGGCCUAUGCCGACGAGGAGCGGUGGGACAUUGACAGCUGCACACACUGCUACUGCCUGCAGGGCCAGACCCUCUGCUCCACAGUCAGCUGCCCUCCUCUGCCCUGUGUUGAGCCCAUCAACGUGAAAGGAAGUUGCUGUCCAAUAUGCCCAGAAAUGUAUGUCCCCGAACCAACCAAUAUACCCAUUGAGAAGACAAAUCACCGUGGCGAGAUUGACCUGGAGGUUCCCAUGUGGCCCACACCUAGUGAAAAUGACAUUAUCCAUCUCCCCAGAGACAUGGGUCACCUGCAGGUGAACUACAGAGACAACAACAGGCUGCAGCAGAGCGAAGACUCCUCUCUGGACUCCAUCGUCUUGGUCGUGGUCCCCAUCGUCGUCUGCCUCUCUCUGAUCAUAGCAUUUCUGUUCAUCAAUCAAAAGAAACAGUGGAUACCACUGCUGUGCUGGUAUCGGACACCAACCAAGCCUUCUUCCUUAAAUAAUCAGCUGGUAUCAGUGGGCUGCAAGAAAGGAACACGCGUGCAAGUGGACAGCUCCCAGAGAAUGCUAAGAAUUGCUGAGCCCGACGCAAGAUUCAGUGGCUUCUACAGCAUGCAGAAACAGAACCAUCUCCAAGCAGACAAUUUCUACCAGACCGUGUGA